GUGUACGCUAGCUUAAUUAUUAACUGGCUUGACUGGCUCAGCCGGGCUUGUUUUUAAAUUGCGCCUCGCUUUCGUUUUCGGAUCUAAGUUUCGUUUCUCGGUAAGCACAGUCCUCCGGUUCGGCAGGAAUAAAAUUCGUGCACGCACGCUCCCGUUAAUAUCCGCCAGCGCUCGCGAUGCUGAAGACGGCGGCGUUUCGCGGCGGGCAGCUGAGCUCGCGCGUGUUCGCGGUGGAGUUCGAUCCCCGCGCGCGACCUCUCUGCUUCGCGCUGAGCGACAGCCCGCGGGAGCUUCGCGGGGCUCACCGGCAGCUCUUCGGGGACGACGGCAAGCUCUUCUCGCUGCACGUCCACGGCGGCGGCAGAGUCGAGAAAGCGCGAACGCACGCCGAGAUAAAACGCGAGCUGUCCGUAUCGCUGGCGCGACAUUGCGACGUUUACGAAGCGUCUUCUUUCGUACCGGACGUCAAAAAUAGCUUCGUCAAAGGGUUUUUCAUACGCGACAGGAGCACCGCGGCCGUCUCGGAGGACAUAUUGAAGACCCUACAGCGGAGUGAAUCGGUGUGUGUGUUUUCGUACGAGCGCGAGGGGCAGUACUGUUGGCUCGAGCCGUGGUCACCUGUCAGUCACGUGCAGGAGCCGGCGAGGCACUACAUCACACCUGCAGCGGCGGCUGAGCAUCACCCAUCCACACUGAACAUCAGCAACUCUGAUGUCUUCUACUGUAUGGAUGAAGCCUAUGCAGUCCUUCAGGAGUGCUCUGAGAUCAUCCCUGAGUCAAAGGAAGUGCUGAAGCUUGUAGACGAACAGUUGGAGACAAGCAGGGGUGAUGGAUUUCCUGUCAUUGUGAUCGAGGGACUGGACGCCACAGGUAAAACUACUCUCACAGAAAGCCUGCGGGAGUCUCUGAAUGCUGCUCUGCUGAAAUCUCCUCCCCAGUGCCUGGCUCCUUUCAGACAGCGCUUUGACUCAGAACCACCCCUCAUCCGCCGGGCCUUUUACGCUCUGGGGAACUACAUCACCGCUGCCCACAUCGGAAAAGAGUCCUUGAGGGCUCCUGUCAUAGUGGACAGGUACUGGCACAGCACAGCGGCGUAUGCCAUUGCCACAGCUGUUGGAGGAAGAGUUGAAAACCUCCCAAAGCCAGGCUCGGAGCUCUACCGGUGGCCAGAAGACCUGCUCCAACCAAACCUGGUGCUGCUCCUCACUGUCAGUCCAGAAGAAAGACUGAGAAGACUCAGAGACAGGGGACAGGACAAGACCGCUGAGGAGGCUGAGCUGGAGAUCAAUCAGCUCUUCAGACUUAAAGUGGAGGAAGCUUACAAGAGAAUCCAGAACCCUGCCUGCAUCAUCGUGGAUGCGAGCCCCUCUCCACGAGAAGUGCUGCAACAAGUGCAGCAUUUAAUUAGGGACAAAUGUCACUUGUAAACAAGCGGCUCCUCCUCACCCGACGAGGCAAAGAAGCGGUGCGAUCCCUCCGCGAACCACUAGAUGGUAGUGUAGGGUCACGAUUCCUCGCUGGAAGGGCCCCGGUCAGCCCGGCCCCCGUUGAUCGAAAGGGAGGCUGGUGGCUAACUGCCAGCAUAUAUUUCAGGGCUGGUAUCUGGGCAUGUCACAACACAUUCCCCUUCCCACAGAGCUUUAGUGAUGACACGAGAGGGAAAGUUAUUGCGGGCGCCGUAGCUGGGUGUCAGCUCUCGUACGCGGGGUCACAGCGUCCACUUUCCUCACUCUGACUUAUUCCCAGCGAAACACAGGAACUCAACUAAAGAGGUUUGAGAAUUCAUCAAUCACUUCAAUUAGAUUUAAACACAAGAACUCAUUGUUGGUCAGCUCGCCGUUCACUCCUUCAGGAGGUGGAAUCAAGGGACCUUAUGGAGGUAUUAAAAGCAAUAGAUCUGAUACAGGCAAUUUAAACUCGCUUUGAUUUGUUGCUGUUGCUUUUGGACACAGAACCUGAUCAUUAAUUAAGAGUGAUAUGCUAGGACAAAAACGUACGCUGUAACUCAGUUCGCACUUUCAGAGACCUUAAAGUCUGUAUAUUGUACUAAAAUAAUCAGAUAUGAAUAAAUUGUGAUCUGAUACAAA